AUGGAAAUGGCCCUUCCGGUAGCGUCUGGAGCCAAUCAGCAACCGCUCCUGCCGCCGCAGACGCUGCAGAAUCAGCACCAGCGCCAGCCAAUCAGGAAGAAGAUGUCAAGAGACCGAGGCGCGAGGUUGUCUGAAGAGAGAGCGGUGGGGAGCGGCGGAGAGGGGUGCGCGGCGGUGCUUAGGCAGCCGCGGGAGCAGCGAGGCCAGGAGCCCGCGGGCGAAGGUUUGAGGCAGCGCGAGGAUUGGUUUGGGGAGAUGGCGCCGGCUGUAGCAGGGGACGUGAUGUUAGAGGGGGUGAAUUUAGCGGAGAGUGGUUGCGGUGACGGUGGGGAAGCGAGGAGCAUGGAAAUAAAGGAGGAGGAGCAGGAGUGGGUGGUGGGGGAAGGGGAAGAGGGGAAGGAAGGGGAGGAGCGGGAGGAGGCGGGAGAUAACAGUAGGCAGAAGCAGGUGCAGGAAGAAAUGGAAGAGGAGGGGAGAGUGAAGCAGGAGCAGGGGCUGUCGAGCACAGGUGGUCAGAAUCAGCAGGGGGAAAUUGCUGAGGCGAGCAGACACGUGCAGGAUGGCACGCACGUGGUUGCGUUGGAGGGCGAAUGGGGCGAGGGCGACGGCGAGCAGGUUGUGUACAGGCUGUGCAGGGUGGACCCGGUUGACCCCGUUGACUCCGUUGACUCCGUUGACUUUCUUGACGCCGUGCCCAUAUCGGAGCGCGAGCUGGAGGAGCUCCAGGCGUGGAUGCUCCGCCAUGCGCCCGACGCGCUCGCCCUGCCCCUGCCGCCCGGGGCGCUGGGGGCUGCGGGGGAGGCGGACAUGGCGGAAUGGCCAUUGGGGGAAGGAUUAGGGUUGGCGGAGGAAGGCGGCGCGGACGAGCCCCCCCUGCCGUCGCCGCCUCUUCUCUGGCGGAGCGGGGAGGUGGGAGUGAUAGGAACUGGGCAGCCACGUGGCAGGUCGCUAUUGGCCAGAGGGCAGGCACGAGGGGAAGGGCGGAUAGGGAGAGGCGUGAAGGCGGAACUAGGGUUCGGGCUGGAUGACGCGAAGAGUGGGCGGGACGGCCGCUCGAGUCAAUCGAAUCCCCGUGGGGCUGUUAACGGAGUGCUUGCUCCGGCAGCCAAUGAGACGAGGACAGGUGUGCACGCGCGUCAAGAGUUUCUGGAUUUUCUCCUGACGGAGAUUUCGCACCACGAGCUCGCAGUGGGGCAGAGUAGUGCAACCCCCCAACACCAUCCCCGCGCCGACCUCUCCGCCCCCGACUCUCUCCCCCCUCCGCUUCCCCCAUCCCACCAUCCAGCCCAUGAUCAGCACCAUCCCCCCUUCCUCUCCGCCCCGCGCUCCUUUCCCGCUCAUGGGCGGGUGGGGCGGCCAAGGGGAUCUCUGGGCGGGGUGCGGGGGAGGAGGGGGAGAGGGAGGGGCGUGGGAAUGGCUCGGCGCGCUGCUGACGGGGACGCGUUGGGGACGCACACUGCAGCCGGCGCAAUAGUUAUGGGGGCGGGGGAGGAGCAAGGGGCGGAUGGCGGAGCACAGGGGGCGGGGGAGGAGAGGGAGGAGGGGGAGGGAGCCAGCGCUGGGGGAAGGGCGAGGGUGGGGCGCCGCAGCAGGAUGCGGAUGGGGGGACGGGGGAGGGACGAGGAGGUGGUGCGGAGGGGUUGGGGGGCUGCGCAUGCUCUGUCAGCGGGGGAAGCAGGGGCGCACGGCGGGGCAGUAGGGGGGACGGAGGAAGGAGCAGAUGGAUUGGAGCGAGAUGAUCAAGAAGCAGGGCUAGGGGGGCACGGGCUAGGGUUAGGGUUAGGGUUAGAGGGAGCAGCGUGGGAGUGGUUAGGGCUUGGUGGAUGGCCCACUCGGCCUCGCAGCAGGCGGGGUCAAACAGGUCAAAUAGGUCAAGCUGGCCAAACGGGUCAACGGAGUCAACGCAGUCAACGACCAUCUGCUGCCACAGCCGCUGCUCCGCCUGCUGAGGCGGGUGGGGCAGCUAUGGGGCAGUCAACAGCGGGGGGGGUCUGCGCCAGUGGGCGCGCCCCAGCAAGCACAGCCCUUGGCGCUGGCCCACACCCGCCCAGCCCGCGCCAUCUCCGCUCCUCCCCCAUUGCUUCCGCCCCCGCUUCCCCGGUUGCGCGGGCUAGAGGGGCGCAAGGGGGGGCGCAGCCGGCGGAGGAGGGAAGGGGGAGGAGAGUGAGCGCGCGGCGGGGCGGUGGCCGCCAGGCAGCACCUCUGCAGGCGAAGGUAGAACCGGGGGAGGCGUCUUUUGAGUCUGCUGCUGUGGCUGCAGCAGUGACUGGCGCUGCUGGUGCUGCAGCAGGGGGAGCGGCGGUUGGAGGCGUGUCUGCUGCUCCAGUUGUGGAGGCAUUUGUGGGAAGGGCUGCACGGAGUGGGAGUGAGGCGCAGCCGGUGGCGCAGCAGCAGGGCGGAGAGGCUACGGAGCGGGGGACAGGGGGAGGAAAGAGGCGGAGAUUGCAGUCCGGGUGGCGGGCAAUGGGGGAAGGGAGAGUGAAGCGGGAGGGGGAGGGACGAGGAGAGGCUGAAGAGGCAGAUGGAAUUGGGGAGGGGGGUGAGUAUAUAGCAGCAGAUGGUGCAGGGGAGGGUGGAGGAGACGAGGCGAGAUCAGAGCGAAUGAGUGAUGACGCGGACGACUCUGGUGCUUCAGGGGCUGAUUAUGCCGAAGAUGCUGCAGUGGGUGCACACGCAGAUGGUGGUGCUGCCGCUGCCAGCGCUGCUGCGGAUGCGCGUGCGUCUGUGGACGGCGCUGGAGGAGGGGAGUGGAAGGAGGCGGGGAGCAGGGUCGCACGUGGAAAGGGCGUGAGGGCGGGACGAGGAAGAGGCAGAGGCAGAGGGCGAGGCAGAUGGAAGGUGGAGGGACGGCUGGGAAGGGACGUGCCAGGGAGAAGGGCGAGGAGUAGGGAGAAAGGGGCUGUUGGAGAAGCUAGGUUGAAAAGCCGUGUGGGUGGAGAAACAGAAGCAGGAGAGGAAGAAGAAACUGGCUGGGCGAGUGAGCUGAGGGAAGGGAAGGGAGCAGAGGAGGAGAGAGUGGGGGAGGAGAGAGGGCAGUCAGAAGGAGCGAGGGAGGUGCAAGAGAUCAGUGCCGGGCGAAAUGGGAUGGAAGGGGAAAGUAGGGGCAGGGGUGAGGCAGGCGAAGGGGCAAGUGAGGUAGAGCAAGGGAGAGUGGGUGAAAGGGAGGGCGUGAGCGGGGCCGUGGCCCCUUCGGAGUCAAGGCAGCUGAGGCUGCAGCGACGGCAGAUGAUUCAGAAGCAGUGGGAGGAGCGCCAGCGGAUGCAGCAGCAGGUUCGGCAGGCAGAGGCUCGGCGGAAACAGGCUCGGCAAACACAGGGGGAGCAAGUGCAGGCUCGGGUGGGGCGGCAAGAGGCAGAGGAGGAGCGGGUGGAGCCCCAGGGUGGGGCUGUGGUGGAGAGGUCAGCGUGUGCAGAGGAGGGCGAGACGAGGGGGGGAAGAGACGGGGGAGAGGCGGGAGAAGCGGGACAAGGGGGAGGAGCAAGAGAAGCCGGAGAAAGGGGAGAAGGGGAAGAAGGAGCUGAAAUGCAGGAUCUGAGAGUGAGCAGUGGAGGGGAAGACGCGGAGAUGGAGGUGCAUGGAGGGGCAAUGGGGGCCGGCAUGGCGGCAGGACGGGGAAGCGCAGGAAGUGUGGGAAGAGGAGGGGGAGAAGGUGAGCAACAAGGAGACGGGGAGGCGUGUUUGGAGGAUAGGGGUGAGGGUGAACGACCGAUGAUGGCUGGUAGCGCAGCGGCAGGAGGGGCGAGGCAGAGGCAUGUGGGGGAGGGGGAGGAGCAAGAGCAGCAGCAGAGAAGCAAGGGUGAGAAGGGGUGGCAGGUCGAGUGUGUGGGUGACGAGAGGCACUUGGCGGAUGGGCGUGGGCGUGCUCUUAGACACACGGACGAGGCAGAGGUUAUGGAAAUGGGGAUGACUAGAGAAGGUGAUGCGGAACCCUCUAAGGUGGUAAAUGAAACGGUAGAUGAAACGCAUGUACAGUUACAGGCACUGACACAGACUGAGGAGCUGACAGAUGCUAGGGAUCAGACACGUGUAGGUGGGGCGGGUGGGGCAGGGGCACGGAUUGAGUCCCAAGCAAGUGAGGUUGCACAUGUACAGGUGGUACACGCUGACGUGGCACAGGCUGACCUGGCACUGGCUGAGUUGGCUAAAGCUGAUGCAGAGAGGGUUAGGCACGACGAGGGAAAGGCGGGGCCCUGCGUUGAGGUGCUGCCGAGGAAUGGAGUGCAGAAGAAGGGAGCGGAGAGGGAGGGAGUGGGAAGGGAUGAACCGGUGAGGCAACACAAGGGGCGGAAGGCAGGCGAGCUGCAGCAGGCAGGGCGGCAGAGGCGGAGAGGGAAGGGAGGGCUUGGACUGCAGGGAGGGCAGCAGCAGGCGAAGCAGGAGCAGCAGGCGAGUGGGCAGGCUCAGGAGCAAGGCCGGGAGGACGGGCAGGCAGGGAGACAGGGGCGCGAGUUGAGUGGAGGGCAGGCGGGAGAGGAGGGAGGUGCUGAGAGGGACGGUGGCUGCAGUGGAAGAGCUGGGAGCGGCGUGCUGAGAGGGCAGGCAAGCAGUAGUCCGCAACACAUGGUGACAGAGGCCCAUGCUGCUGACCCCGCUCCCGCUCACACUUGUACAAACACCGCUGCUCUCACUCCUGCGGUAUCCCCUCCACGUGAACUCCCACCGACCGUGCAGCUGCCUGCAGCGCAGCAGGUUGCUGAAACGAGUCCUGGCUUGGUGGUUGAUGCUGGCUGGAGUGGGGCUGCGCUAGGGCAGGCGCAAGGAGGGCAGCAAGAUGAGGAGGGGGCGGAGGGGUUGCAGACGCAGAGGCAAGAAGGCCUGGCGGCACAGAGGCAGGAAGAGCGUGUGAGGCAGGAAGAGGAGGGACGGAAGGAAGAGGGCAGAGACGAGGGGGCGAGAGAGGUGGUGAAGAGUAAAGAGCGAGAGGAGGGGCCAAGGGAGCGGCAGCAGCAGCAGCAGUUGGAGGGGGGGGCAGGCAGUGGUGGUGGUGCAGGGUGGGGCAUGGGAAUGGCACCAGGUGUGGGUGUGCCAACGGGUGUGGGAGUGCAAGCGAGCAGCCCUGUCACUAGCCCUCUCCGCACACCUGCUGCCUUCCCCUUUACAAUCCCUGCUGCUGCUGCUGCCUUCCCGCCUGCCCCUGCUUCCUCUCGCUCCCCUCUUUCUUCUCCCCCCCCUGCCGCUGCUCCCGCUCCUGCACCUGCGCUUGCUCCUGCUGUUCCUGCUGCCCCUGUUACUGCUGCCCUUGCUACUGCUACUGCUACUGCUAAUGCUUCUGCUGCGCAUGCCAGUCCCAACCACGUCAUCAGUGCCAGCCCACUCUCCAGCCCUCUCCGCGGCCAGCCCGCCCCUCUGCCUCCUGCCGCUGCCGUUUCCGCUGCCACUGCCAAUAUCUCUCCUGCUGCGGCUGCUGCUGCUGCUGGUGGUGCUGGCAGUGGUGGCAGCAAAGGGAAGGGGAAGCGAGGGGGAGGCACGGGUGGAAGCAGUGGGAAGGGAGGGAAGGGGAAAGGGCGAGAGGCAGGGGCAGGGGCACACGGGAAGAAAGCGGCACAGAGUGCAGCUGGCGCUACAGCUGGUGACUCAGUUCCUGCUUCUGGGAAAGCUGCUGCUACUGCUGUGCCUGACCGCAGCGCUACAGAUGCUACAGCUGCUACAGCUGCUACAGCCGGACAGGCAAGUGCUGUGCCUGGUGAAGCAGCAGGUGCAGCUGGUAAUGGGAGUGGAUUAGUAAGUGGUGCAGCAGUGGGGGGUGGGAGGGGCGAGGGGAGAAUGGAGGAGGCUGGCAGAGAAGUGCAAGCGGCAGCAGGAGCAGUAGGAGUGAGUGAUAGAGGAGUGAGUGAGAGAGGAGGGAGAGCAGGGAGUGAGAGGGUGUUGGAGAAAGGGGUGAGUGAGAGGAGCCGCAGGAAGAGGGUGCUCAACUCGAGGUACUAUGAGGGGGGGUUCCAAUACGAGGGUGACUAUAUCGAAGGGGAGGAGGGGCAGCCGUCAGAACCAGACAUGGACUGGCAUCCCACUGGUGCUGACGUGGCAGCAGCUGGAAGGGGAGGACGGAUGGGCCUGGGAGGUCAGAGUGGGGAGUAUGCUGCCCCAUUAGGGUUUACUGUAGAUGCUGACGUGGCAGGCAUGGCAAGAGCCGUGAUGGCCUGGGGAAGGCAGCAGGUGGGGGAGGGCGCUUCUUCUCUGCCCGAUGCUGUUAACACGCCUGGGGCUGGUGCUGCUGCGGCUGCUGCUUCUGGUGCUGGUGGUGCUGGUUGGGGGACAGAAGGGGAAGAGAGAGGAGCGGUUGGGGGGAAGGUAGCAGGCAGGGGGAGGGGAGUGGGGAAAGGAGACAGUGCUGCAGUUGUUGGGGGGAGGACGAAGCGGGGCAGGGUGGGCGAGGGCGGCUUGGAGGCUGAUGGGGGCAGUGCAGGGGGAGAGGCGGGGGAGGGGGGUGAGCGGGGGGAAGGUGGGGAUGGUUGGGUAGGGGGGGUGGAGGAGGCUGGCGGAGUAGGAGUGGUGGCAUCACAGGUUGCUGUUGCUGCUGCUGCUGUUGCUUCUGUAAAGGAGAGACCUCCAGCAAAAAAGAAGAAAUCCGCACUGUCAUCGACAGCAGCAGCACCAGCAGCAGCCGGCAUGACAUCCCCCCAGAGGCAGCUGUUGGCUCAGCAGCAGCAGGUGCAGCAGCGGGCGGGCGGUGUGGCGGGUGGUGGGGGCAGAGGGAAGGGUGGCGGCAGGAAGGGCGAGGCAAGGUGGUCGCGGACGCCUGCGGGCGGAGGAGGAGGAGAAGGGGCGCAGGGAGAGGAAGGAGCGGUAGCAGCAGCAGCACUGGGGGGGACAGGACCAGCAGCAGCGGCAGCAGGAGCAGCAGUGGGAGGGUUGGCAGGAUCAGCAGCGGCAGCAGCGGCAGGAGCAUCACCCCCAGGCGCCACCCCACCAGGGGUCAGCCUGCUGGGGGGUGCUCUGGAUGGCAAGCUGCAGGAAGCUUCCUGGAUGGAGCUCUCCAGCAUGGUCGGCCUCUCCCCUGUCCCAGCGCUCACCCCCCUGCCUCCCGCCGCCCUUGCCGACCACCCUGCCGCCCUCUCCUGUGGUCUUGCCGCCCGGGCCCUUCCAAGUGGAAGCAUGGGGAAGCAGCAAGGAGGGGGAUUCGCGGACCAUGGGGGUGUGGGGGGUGGGGCGAGAGGAGGAGGAGAUGAAGGGUUGGGGGGGAUGGCAGGCGGGGGCGGGGAGUGGGGGGGAGGAGGGGGCAGUGGGGAGAGUGGGGACGAGGUGGGGGCUCCUAUGAGCCCCUCGGGUACUCCCUUGAGUCCUCCCUCCCUGCAGCAGCAGCAGCAGCGUCAUGGGAUGGAGAGGGGGAGUGUGGUAGCAGCUGCUGCUCCUGCAAGUGGUGGUGGGGGGGGGGUCGAAGAAGGCGGGAGGAGGGCGGGCGGAGGGGGGGAGGGGGGGGCGCGGAGGCAUGGAACAUCUGGGCGGGCGGGGAAGAAGGCAGCUGGUUCGGGAGCAACUGGGGUGGCAGCAGCAACAGGGCCAGCAGCAGCAGGAGCAGUACUAGCAGCAGCACCAGCAGUAGCAGCAGCGGCGGCGUUUUCUGAUUUUGGAGGGGUGAGCAGCGGAGGCAGCGGGGGAGAGGGGGCGGGCGAUGCGCGCAUGUACACGGCGAAUGGGGGGCUGAGGCGCAAGCACCACCGGCCGUGGACGCUGAGGGAGGUGAUGAUCCUCGUGGAUGGCGUGGCGCGGUGCGGUGGGGGCAAGUGGGCCGACAUCAAGAAGCUCGCCUUCUCCUCCAUUGGCUACCGCACUGCCGUUGACCUCAAGGACAAGUGGCGCAAUCUGCUGCGUGCAAGCAGGAUGGCGCUGCAGCCACCCAAAGAGCAGGGCGAGCAGCGCAAGAAGCAGGUGUCGGCGUCCAUCCCGCCCGCCGUGCUGGCGCGCGUGAGGGAGCUCGCCCAGCAGCAGGAGGCGCAGGCGCACCUCAAGCUGCACGCCAGCACUGCCGGGGGGGGCGCAGGGGGGGCAGCAGCGACGGGCGGAGGGGCAGGGGGAGGGGGAAGUUCGGGGGAAGGGGGAUCAGGGGAAGGAGGAGGAACAGGGGGAGGAGGGGGAGCAGAGAAAGGUGGGAUGACUGGGGCAGGGGCGGGAGGCAAGGAAGGGGAAGGUGAGGGACAUGGGGCUGCUGCUGCUGCUGCUGCUGCUGCUGCUGGAAGGGUUGGAGGGGUCGCGACUGAACCUCAAGCACCUCCCCCUUAUUCAUCCACACCAGCUGCCUGCACCCCUCUCAGCGCUCCCCUGCACCGCCUCACCUCCCCCCCCUUUCCCUCUGCCUUCCCUUCCACUCUCUCCCACCCCCCCUCUCCUGCCUCCGCCCUGCCAAACCUGUUUCCUGCGCCUCACUUUGGCCCGGACCGGACGUCUGCGGAGGAGGAGCACGGAGGGUCGGGGGAUGGGGGGGAGGAGAUGGCAGGAAGCCACGAGCAGCAGCGUUUUUCACGGAUAGGACCAUUCGGUUGGGUUUGCAACUCCCGCGUCGGUCCGCUGCCUGACCGGAAUCUUUUUGACUCAGCUGGUCGGCGGGCCGUCGCAGGCAUGGCGGGGUCGCUGUCGGGCGACGAGCUGGCGAACGGCAAGGCGCUGGUGCCGUUCCUGCAGCGCGCCGAUGAGCUGCAGAAACACGACCCGCUCGUCGCUUACUACUGUCGGCUGUACGCGAUGGACAAGGGGCUGCGCGUGCCCAGCAAGGAGCGCAGCGCGGCCGUGAACGCGCUGCUCGUCUCCAUCAUGAGCCGCCUCGAAAAGCUUCUCUUUGCUUCUGCGCCGCUGCCCUGUGCGAUGUGCGCCGCUGCCCUGUGCCAUGUGCGCCGCUGCCCUGUGCCAUGUGCGCCGCUGCCCUGUGCCAUGUGCGCCGCUGCCCUGUGCCAUGUGCACCGCUGCCCUGUGCCAUGUGCGCCUCCCGCAUCAUCUGCUCCGCAGGACAAGGCGGCGCUGCAGCUGUCGCCGGACGGCGGGCUGCAGCGUCUCCUUUCCAUCCCUCCGCCCUGUCGACAGAUUGCACGUGGAGGGAGGGAAUUUCUCCCUUGUCUCCCCGUCCUGUUUCAAUCGUCAAUGCACCUUGCCAACCCCUCGCACCCCUCCCUCUGUUCCUCCGCCCGGCAGGACAAGGUGGCGCUGCAGCUGUCGCCGGACGACGGGCUGCACGUGGAGGGAUUCGCGCAGCGCGUGUUCAGCAAGGCGGACAAGCAGGACCGCGCCAGCCGCGCUGACAUGUGCGUUUUCUCGCAUGGCUCCCCGGGCACGGCCAAGACGUUCUACGCGGCGGGGAUAUUUUUUGAAGUGUGCCGCCAGUUUGGGGAGCUUGCCCCUGAGAUUCUCCUCCUUUGCCACAGAUUCUCCUCCUUUGCCACAGAUUCUCCUCCUUUGCCACAGAUUCUCCUCCUUUGCCACAGAUUCUCCUCCUUUGCCACAGAUUCUCCUCCUUUGCCACAGAUUCUCCUCCUUUGCCACAGAUUCUCCUCCUUUGCCACAGAUUCUCCUCCGUGCCCUCGCCCCUCCCGCUUCCCUCCACCUCAUUCCCCUCUCCCCCUUCCCCCCUCUUCCCGUCUCUCCUUCUCCACCUCUCUCUCCCACUCUUUCCUUUCCCCUCUCAUCACCUCGCCCCCUCGCCUGUUCGCCCGGCAGGUGGAGCAGAAGCAGCGCUACGCGGUGUGGAAGGCGGCGGACAUCCGCAGGGCGCUGGCGGACGGCAGGCGCCCCACGCCCGGCCCGCCAGGGGGCGCCUAUGGUGCCAACACUGCCCCAGCUGCCCCUGGUGGCACCAGUGCCACGGGUGGUUCCGGCAGGCUGCAGGUAGCAAGGCCAGUGGGAGGUGGCAGCGCUGCCAUGCAGCCCAACCCUCAUGGCCAAGCGAAUCCGUAUUACCAGGGCCAUGGGGAUUACUCGCAAGCACCCCAGGGGCAGGCAGCACAGGCGGCACAGGCGUCUCAGGCGUCGCAGGCAUGGCAGCAGAGCACGCCUCAGCAAGACAGUGCGUUCAUCACCUCCCUUGCCGGCGCCCCUCCUGCCUCCGCUCCUUCCCUGCCCUCCGCCCCCUCAUUUACCUCACCACCAACUUUCACCCACUGGACUCCUGACUCUCAGUACCCCUCUGCUGCGCCACAAUCCACUGCCGCUCCCUCGAUCCAGUCAGCCCAGGGAGCAGACGGAUGGGUCCAUCCUGCUGCAGCGCCGGCCUACCAGCAGGCACAGGCAGCAGCAGCAGCCGCAGCCGUAGGCGCAGGCGGUGCUGCUGCUGCCAGCCCAGGCGUGGGGGCAGCAGGGGGUGCCUCUGGGGCACACCCAUUGCAGGCGUCUCCACAUUCAGGGUACGGUGGAGGUGGUGGGGGUGUGGCGUCAGGCGGAGGAGCAAGAGCAGGGCAGAAUGUUGCAGCAGCAGCAAAUGGGUCUACAGCGAUGGGCAGCUUCUCAAGCUCUCAAGGCCCAGGGCCUCGUGAGAUAGCGGAUGCGCACAAGGCGGCUCGAUAUGCCGUGAGUGCGCUUGCGGGUAGUGAUGUUCCAACCGCUGUUGAUUUUAUUAGAAAGGCCUUGGCUUUGCUGGAGCCCAGUGGUGGCUAUUAG